UCCAAAGAUUUGUGAAAAUAUGUGAAUCUGUACAUUUGAGAUUGCUUAACUAAAUCACAUGGAAAUAUAUGAAACCAAUAAAAUGUAAAAAAAAAAAAAAAAUCCCUUAUUUCACUUUUUUUAACAUAUACAGUUAAAAAUAUUAACAGUUGAAACAGCAAAGAACACCGUAUUAUUACAAUUAAAUUCGUAAUACAUUAAUUUCAUAAGGAUAAAGUUGUUUUGCUUAAGUUUAGUUGGAGUGUGUAGCGAUUUAAAGUUUCGCACGAUGAAAGGGCGCAAAGGAUUCUUAUGGUUAAGAAUUUGUAGGAAUGUAAAUGAGGGUGUUUUUUGGUUUGGGGAAGGGUUGCACAUUUUACAGCUCAGUGACCAUUUGGCGAUCUUUUGAGAGGAGGGUUUUGAAAAGUGGCCCCUUUGUGACAGCUCUCGCCAGAUUGGGGGCAGCUCAUCUGCAUCUCAUUACCAAUGCAGGCGACAGGCUGUAUAUAAACGACGACUGGCUACCGGCAACAUCAGACACUCAUACAACUGCACGCCGAGCAAAUGAGAAAGCUAAUUGUGGAUCAGUAAAGUCUUUGCUUACAACAACCAGCGAAAGAAAAAACAAAGAUCAUCUCAACUUUCUUCUGCUCUAUUUUACACCUACGAGCCAAAAUCUGUGUUGAACUGCAAUUUAAUUUCAAAUUGGAAUUAUUACUUGGCAAGGAACUUCGAGAUCAUCCCCAAUCUCACUCGGGAACCUCGCUUGUUCUCUCUGUUGGGAAUUCAAAGAUAUUUUUUGUUUGUUUCGUUUGCAAACAGAAACACCGUGCUUGUGAAGAAAAAAUAAAGUAAAAGAAGCUGUUCAGAACACCACGUUCUAUCACAAAACGGUCCAUCCACUCUUGCCAUUCACAAGAGCUGCCAGUCAUUUAAGAAAGGGCGUAUCUUACGAAUAAGGGACUAUUGAAAGGGAAAACACAACCUACAUUAAUCAGUUGAGCUGGGAGUAACAGCACUACCCAAACCCUCUGUGACUAACUACAGCUUGCAAAAGAAAUACAAAAAUGGGACGUCAGUCGCCUAUUAUACUUUCCAUCAUCUGUGCCUUGAUAUGCCAGGGUUUUUGCUCUGGAGUUUUUGAGCUGAAAUUGCAAGAAUUUCUGAACAAGAAAGGUGUGAUGGGAAACAUGAACUGCUGCAAAGCUGGAUCGGAUACUGGACUGUUGCAGUGUGAAUGUAAAACAUUCUUCCGAAUCUGCUUGAAGCACUACCAGACAACUGUUUCUCCAGAACCCCCUUGUACAUAUGGCAGUGCCGUGACUCCUGUGCUGGGCUCCAACUCCUUCCAAGUGCCCGAGACAACUUCAGACAUAACCUUCACCAAUCCCAUCACAUUUGCGUUUGGAUUUACAUGGCCAGGAACGUUUUCUCUCAUCAUUGAAGCACUGCACACAGAUACUCCGGACGACCUUUCAACAGAAAAUCCAGAUCGCCUGAUCAGUCGCGUGGCUACUCAGAGACACUUGACUGUAGGAGAAGAGUGGUCACAGGACAUUCAGAUUAGCGGCAGGACUGAACUGAAAUACUCCUACCGUUUCGUCUGUGAUGAACAUUACUAUGGCGAAGGAUGUUCUGUUUUUUGUCGCCCCCGGGACGAUGCCUUUGGUCACUUCACCUGUGGAGAACGUGGUGAGAAGGCCUGCAACUCUGGUUGGAAAGGACAAUACUGUACUGAAGCUAUUUGUCUCCCAGGGUGUGAUGAACAACAUGGAAUUUGUGACAAGCCUGGUGAAUGCAAAUGCCGAGUAGGAUGGCAAGGCCGUUACUGUGAUGAGUGCAUCCGUUACCCAGGCUGUCUCCAUGGUACCUGCCAUCAGCCAUGGCAGUGCAACUGUCAAGAGGGCUGGGGUGGUCUCUUCUGUAACCAAGAUCUUAACUACUGCACACAUCACAAGCCCUGCAUGAAUGGAGCCACUUGCACCAACACUGGCCAGGGAAGUUACACCUGCUCUUGUCGUCCUGGAUACACUGGCGCCAGCUGUGAGAUUGAGAUCAAUGAAUGUGAUGAUAACCCCUGCAGGAAUGGAGGAAGCUGCACUGAUCUAGAAAACAGCUUCACCUGCACCUGCCCACCUGGUUUCUAUGGCAAAAACUGCGAACUGAGUGCAAUGACCUGUGCUGAUGGGCCCUGCUUCAAUGGUGGACGGUGUUCCGAUAACCCUGAAGGUGGAUAUGCCUGCCGCUGUCCAGUUGGCUACUCUGGCUUCAACUGUGAAAAGAAAAUUGACCACUGCAGCUCCAAUCCAUGUGCAAAUGGUGCUCAGUGUAUGGACCUUGGAAAUGAAUAUAUUUGCCAGUGCCCAGAUGGUUUCACAGGAACGCACUGCAGUGACAACAUUGAUGAAUGUUCUGCCUUCCCUUGUCUAAAUGGUGCAACCUGCCAGGAUGAUGUUAAUGACUAUACCUGCACCUGUCCUCCAGGAUAUAUUGGCAAGAACUGUAGUUCACCUGUCAGCAAAUGUGAGCACAACCCUUGCCACAAUGGGGCUACUUGCCAUGAGAGGAACAACCGAUAUGUCUGUGCUUGCACCCAAGGGUAUGGUGGACUUAACUGCCAGUUCCUGCUGCCUGAGCAGCCUGCUGUUGAGGACCAAACACAGAGGUACACAGAAGGCAAAGAUGGACAGUUUCCUUGGUCUGCAGUGUGUGCUGGGAUUAUUAUGGUUCUUAUGCUGUUACUGGGAUGUGCUGUAAUUGUGGUCUGCAUCAGGGCUAAAAUGCAAAAGAGACAACACCAGCCGGAUAACUGCAAGAGCGAAAUAGAAACCAUGAACAACUUGACCGACUUUCAGCGUGAAAAGGACAUUUCAGUCAGUGUUAUUGGGGCUACCCAGAUUAAGAACACCAACAAGAAAGUAGACUUUCACUGGGACAGCAAUGGGGAGAAAAAUGGGUACAAAGUUAGAUAUCCAUCUGUGGAUUACAAUCUUGUGCACGAGCUAAAGCAUGAAGAUUUUGUCAAAGAAGAGCAUGAUAAAAGUGAUUCAAAGUGUGAUGCUUCUGAUUCUGAACAGGAGGAGAAAAGUGCAGUACAUUUAAAGAGCGAGUCUUCAGAAAAAAAACGUCCAGAAUCGGUGUACUCCCUGUCAAAAGACAAAAAGUACCAGUCUGUGUAUGUCAUAUCUGAAGAAAAAGAUGAAUGUAUAAUUGCAACUGAGGUGUGAAAGUGCCAUAGGAAAGCUGUUGUUCAUUUGAUCGAAGGAGGCAUUACUCCGAUGAAUGCUGCUCAAAUGGAGGGAAGGAUUCCUUCAGUGACUGCUGCUUUGAGACUAAAAAAUAUACAGAAUGAGCUGGAUCUGUACUAAAGUUAGCACAGUGGUUGCAAAAAGCAAUAGACGUUUGGCCCUGAUGGCUUGCUCUCUCAAGGAUUCCUGUUUCCCAGGACUGUGCUCCGUGACUGUGCUCAAUGAUGUCUGUUGCACUGCCUGAUAGGACAUUUCCUCAUUGCACUAUGGACAGUUGCUUUUUUUUUUAUUUUACAUGAAUGGACUUGAUUACUGUGUAAGCAGUCUGCACUGCCUGCAGUGUACAUUUCAGAAUGUUCUGAGCCACAAGUAAACACUGCUUUCAGAAAGUUUUUUUUAAAUACUGUAAAAAUUGUGUGUUAUUUUUUGAAGCUGUAAUUUUAAAAUUUUGUUUUUUGUGACGUUAUCUAUUUUGUGAUGUUUUACUUUUUUAUAAUUUAAAUUUUCGUAAAUAUGUACAAAGGCACUUCGGGUCUAUGUGACUAUUUUUUGUACAUAAAUGUAUUUAUGAAUUAUUUCGCAAAAUGUUAUUUGAGUUGUUUUAUUACUGUUUUGUUAAUAUGUUUCCA